CCGCCGCUCUGUGAUCGAUUAGCAGGUCUGUUGGAGAAGUAGACAGGAACAGGACAGACGGAGCGGAGUGUGGCUUAAAAACACAAACAGAAAAGAACAAACGCGAACACGAAGAGCGGAUAAAACUCAUCGGCUGGCUCGGAGAACAAGUACAUCUGCAUCUCUGUUUAACUUAUUCGACUAGACAACGGAUCUGAAGAGUGGAUCUGCAGAGUGGAGAAGUGAAGUGAAGCAGGAAGGAGGCUACUGGAUAUUUUCUGAACAACACACACACAAGCUACAAUUAAACCUUUGCACCCUUUUUUGUCCUUUUACUACGUUUGGAUUUUCAUAGUCACGUGGCCCGUGAUUCGCCGAUGUCCAGUGCACUGUGUUUGUUCACACCACAUCUGUUGAAAAGCUGCAGUCUCCGGUGUGGUCUGUUCAACGGUGCUCUGAAUUGAUGAACUGGAAAAUUGACCGAUUUGUGAAGGAUCAGAUCAUACUUCGUUUCAAGUACUCUGGCUCUCUAACGUGAUACCGGUACAGGAGUGACGACGCUUAGAAAAAGAUGAUGCCAGUUUUUUCUUUCACUCUCUUUUCAUCUGAUAUGGCCCAAAGUUCGAGCUGCUGAAAACUAAAGCGAUGCCCAUGACGCCGUAGCACCAGGCACCCACAGCUUUUGUGAUGUGACGCAUCGGCCCCCUUUGUUUUUGCCUUCAUCUCGCACCCUCGCUGUUUUAAUGAGGUGAACAUAUUUGGCUCGUGAUUUUUCUUCGACGACGCGUUGUGUGGUGUGUCGCCCCACGCUCUUUCUUCUUUUCCUGUGUGUGCAUCCUCAGCUUACCAUGAGUCUGUGAAAGGAGUUUCUGAGCUUCAAAGCAAGCACGACGUGCUGCUUUUCACAGCCUUCCAGAUACAAAGACUGGUCCAAAACUCCUGGGAUUUUUCUUCCACGUCACUUUCACUUUAUUUUGUCACUCUGAAUGCACUCUGUGAUGAGAUGAAUUGAAGGUGUCCCGGAGAGCCACUCGGGCAUCACAGCUUGCUUUCUACGUCUUCUACUUCCACCACCGUCGAUCAAAAGCGCUCCUUCUCGACCACUAACCACUACAAGCUUCCAUUUUAACAUUACGCGGGACAUCCGUACACCAAAACAAGGUCACCUCACUCACUGCACCAUCCUGGAGGCUGGAAUUUGUUUGUGGCUGGCGUCUAUUGUCCUGUGGCUGCAGUUCGGUUGCACACCUGAAGCUGUGUGAGUGGACUGGUGUGAGCGAGUGCAGGGAGAACGCCAAACACAGGGCCGCUGGACUACAGAGCUCACAACUCUGGGUUCAGGCCAUGAGGUUUCAUGCCUCGAUCCACUGACGGGAGACACUGGACCUAAAUGGCGCAGCAUGACUUUGUUCCUGCCUGGCUUAACUUCUCCACGCCUCAGCCUGCCAAGUCCCCUGCAGCCCCUCUUGAGAAACAUGGUGAGCACUGUGCUCGUGGAGACGGCCGGCCGGGAGUGAGCCGCCGUAGACACAACUCCUCUGACGGCUUUUUCAACAACGAUCUGCUCCGCGCACCGUCGGGUGAUGGGUGGCUCCAGCCGUCUCUGCUGAGGCAUGACUCUGUGGACUCUGGUGUCGCUAAGGGCAAUCAGGGAGGAUUGGGAAGCGGACAUGGCUGGAAGGAGACCCCCAGCUGGCAUGGGGCCCCGCGUGGUCAAGAGGGUCCUCACCAUCACCAUGGGCGCCAUGCCAAACGCGGCGGAGGAGACCGGGACAGGCAGGCCGGCCAUCGGCAACGGAACGGCAACUUCCAUCCACGCAAAGGCGCUCCCUUCCAGGACCGUUACUCUGACGAGGAACGCAAUGAUGACAAGCUUAAGUUUGUUGAAGAGGAUUUUCCCUCCCUGAAUCCAGAGACGACUGGGAAGCCAGUGAGUCAGGCUCGUGCUGUGGGAACUCCAGCAGGCGUGUGGGAGAAUCCUCCCAGCGCUAAGCAGACUAUGUCUAAGAUGCUGGUCAUUAAGAAAGUGUCUAAGGAGGACCCCAGUGCUCCAUUCUCUGCUGGUUUUGCCAGUGCCAGCCCUCUGCCUGCCAACGGCUCCAAAGUCCCCAUCACUGGGCCCAGUGUCUACAAGAAUCUGGUUCCCAAGCCCGCUACUGCCCCAACUAAGACUGGCCCUUGGAAACCCAAUGGAAGGGAAACUAAAGUGGGUUUGCAUUUCUCUGGUCGGGAUUCAGCCUUCACCAGCCCUGUGUCUGUGACCAAACCUCUGACCCCGGUCAACGGCCCACCCCAUGGCACUCCAAAAGAGGUGAGGAGAGAUGUGCAGUGUGGACAGGACAGUCACAGACCACCAUCCAGCACUACUCCUCCAAUAGACAUCACUCCUCCUCGGCUGAAGCUGAUGCGGCGUGGCACAGACCGUAAGAGCGAGUUCCUGCGUGGACUGAAGGACGAGAGGAAUGGAGAGGUGAGCAGCUGCCACAGCCCUGGAGCUCCAACAGAGGGAGAGAGCAGUACUCCUGAGCCUAAAGAGUACGGGGAAAACCAUGAGAACGGCAUGUCUCACUCUCUUAGUGACUCUGACACUGAGCACCUGUCCAGCUCCUUGGAGGCCGAACACCGGCUGCUUAAAGCAAUGGGCUGGCAGGAGUAUCCCGAGAAUGAUGACUUCCAGCCCCUCACAGAGGACGAACUCAAAGAGUUCCAGGCUAAGACUGAGCAGAUGAAGAAGAACGGGCUGGGGCGUAACGGUGUGCUCCCGAAGCCACGUGCCGUGACGCUGCUGGCCUGGAGGAACUCCACCAACGCCGGCCUGGAUGAAGGCUCUGAGUCUGAGACCAGCAGUAGCAGCCAGACUUCGGACGACGAGGACACCUAACGUGGCUUUAAAUCUCCCCCCUGUCCUCUUCCUCCAUCACUCUUUGCUCACUUUCUCUCUGUCUCUCUUACAUCAUACCUUACAUUUCAAAUGAAAAGAAGAAAAUGAGUGAAUAUAUUGUUUCCAUGGACAAGAGCCAUCAUAUCCCAGUGAGAGAGAGAGAACACUGAAAUGACAUGUCAUGGGCAGUUUGUUUUUCUUUCUUUCUUUCCUGUUCUCAUGUUUUUUUCCCCCCCUUUUUCUCCCCAGACUAGAAAUGUCUGUCUAAAGCCACACACACACACACACACACACACACAAACAACCCCACCACCACACACACACACACACACACACACACAACCCCCACCAGAUAUUUUUUUUUUGUUGUUUUUGCUUGGGAAAAAAAAAGACUAACUCAUAAUAACACCAAUUAUAACCGUGACUUAACGUGGAAUAUGACUUCAUCUGAAUGUUAUAUAAAAUGGCUUUGACACCUUUCUCAAAUAUAUAUAUAUAUUUUUUUUCCUUUUUGCGAAAACAAUUCGUAGCAUUAGUGUAAAGAUGAAACAAUCAUUGUGAGCCACUAACAGCGGCAUUGCUCCCAGUCCCUCAUAGAAAUGAACACAAGCCAGCGAGAAAGCACUAAAACAAACGCCCAACAAACAACUUUGUUUUAUUUUUUCCUUUUUUCGGGUAGUACAGUUUGGCAGCUAAGAUUCUAGCCUUUCUCUUUCGUUUGACUCAGACUGUACUGGUUCCAAUGUUUCGAACUAAAUUUCAGCGAGCUUGUGAACGCACGGGUCUAAGUGACACGUUGGAUCGUAUAUGUAGCUUACGUGAGAGUUUAUUACCUGACAUUUGAGUUUGGAGAGUUCAUAAUGAAAAGGCAGUAAUAGAGGAAAGCUUCACUGGCCAAUGGGUUUUGGAUCUUUGGAUAAUCUCAGCAUCAUAAACAAACAGUUGUUUUAUUUCAUUUGAUGGACAAAGCGAAUCAGAUUUGCUUGCAGAUUUUCAAAUGGUUCUUCUUCUUCUUCUUCUUCUUCUUCUAAAUCCCAAAGAAUUAUUAUGCUUAAUAUUUCUUCUGAAGCCAGAAUGUUCAGUUAAAGCAUCAGCCCUUGAUGGUUCAUCAGAUGCAGAAAAAACAGUACUAAAAAAUAAAAAAAAAAAAUGAAUACAGACUUUUAGAGGAAAAUGCAGCCUUGUCAAGCACCUUUGAAUCCACUGGCAAGAAAAGACAAUGUAGUGAAUAUUUCUAAUUGGCUUGUUAGAAAAGAGCAUUUAGUCUGUAGAGCGUUUCUCUUGGCUCUGACCAGUCCUGUUCUGUUCACAAAUAAUGCGUUUACGACAACUCCUAGAUGCUCUUCUGUCCAUGCAGCUGAUAGAACGGUAGAUGCCCAUCUGCAAAAGUUCUGUAUUUCAUGAGGGACUGCUGGUGGAAAUUAUGCAUCUCCAUUUAUUUUAUUAUUAUUUUUUUUUGUACCUUGUUUUUGCUGAUAGGGUAUAAAAAGGCUUUAUUACAGAUUUAAGUUUCUUUUUUUUUAUGUUGGUACAGCUGUAAAAAAAUCCCACAAAUAGUUUGGUUUUUUUUUUUUUUUCUUUUUUUUUUCUUCUUCUUCUUUUGUUUGCAUUAUGUUGUUCCUGCAGCCUUGAUAUUCAGGGUGGAUUGUAAAAAAAAAAAAAAAAAAAAAAAAAAAAAAAAAUUAAGAAUAAAAA